AAGGGGGAAGCUAGGUGGCACCGGGGAUAGAGCACCUGCCCUGGAGUCAGGAGAACCUGAGUUCAAAUCCAGCAGCAGACAUUUGAUAUUUACUAGCUCUGUGAUCCUGAAAAGGUCACUUAAGCCCGAUUUCCUCACAAAAAUAAAAUAUUUGAAGACCACAUGGUGGAAGACAGAUUAGGUCCAGGCUCUGCUUGUCUCAAGAGAGCACAACUAUCAACAAUGAAUGGUGGGAAAUUGCAAAAAAAGUAAAUUUUCGUUUGAUGCAAGAAACUGUCCAUGGAUGGAAUGUACUGCCUCAGGAGGUGGUAAGCUCCCUUUCACUGGAAGUCUCCAAAGGAGAAUGUCCUAUUGGGACAUUCCUAGAAGAUGAGUUCACGUUGUGUGCUGGUUGUCCAAUUCAUCCUCCGAGGUCUCUUCCAAUUUUGUGGUCUCCCAAUAUGUCAACCCAUCCCCCACACCUCACCUUGGUAACUUUUCCUCCAGCAAAUCGAACUUAUGCGGUAGAGCGGUUUGAAUUCGGGGCCCGUGGGCUAGAAUCCUACCAGCGCUGUCACCUACUACAUGUAUGAGGAGGGCAGCCUGGUGUACAGGACUUGGAGACAGAAAACCCUUGAUUCAAUCGGAUUUCAAUCACUGUGAAUCUGGGCAGAGGGGAGUGGAAGAGAUGAUCACUAAGAUCAAUCCUCUUCCCCAAGUACUUUUAUUUUGAUCUCCUAGCCAGAUGGAAAGGCCCACCGGCAUAGCUAGCAGACGAGCUCUUAAAGGGUUUUCUUUGCACACUCUCUCCCACCCCAUCAAGGCAUUUGCCCGGCUUCUCGGAAACAUUUACCAGUGUCUCAGAUACAAACUGGCUGCCUCCUUCUUCCCACUUAACGGAACGCGAGUUGGAGCGAGGCCUCUGCGUCAGCCUGCAGACCUACAGCCCAGACCCAGGAAGGGUAGCAGGGACCCAGGGAGAGCAGCAGAGGGGUGGUGUUUUGUGUGAGCGAGAGUUGAGACCAGGACACCGGUAGCAGACCAGGACAAGGGCUGUAACUGAGCUGGAAAGAGCGCUGGCUGCGAGUGCAGCGGGUGGAUCUCCCCUCACCCCAUUCUGUUGGUGUCACAAUGUUUGACUGUAGCGUCACAAUGGACAAGGGAAGAAGAAGAGCCGCAGCAGCCAAUCAGAGUGCUCGGUCGAGAGCUGGCUCUCCUCCCCUUCUCCCUCCCUCCUUCCUUCUCUCGGCUACUAGGAAUGACCAGCAGAGGAGGAGGAGGAACUGGAGGUGCUGGAGGAGGGGGAGGGAGGGAGCGGGCGGCCGAGGUUAUAAAUAUUCAGGAGAACAACCCGCAGGCAUGUCCGCGGCGGAGGGGGCCCAGGCCCCGGGCCCCAAGGGCUCCCCGGGCUCUCUGCGGCUGCUCCAGGACCCGCUCAGCUGCGCGCUGCUUCUGCUGCCUCUGCUGCUGCCGCUGCUGCUGCUGACCUGGGGGCUCCUGCUCGGUCGCCAGCGCGGGGUGCCCCCAGGCCCCCGGCCCUGGCCGCUGGUGGGGAACCUGGGCUUCGUGCUGCUGCCCGCGGCGCUUAGGAGGUGGAGCUCGUCGCUGCCGUCGCCGCCGCGCUGCGCCCCCAGGCCCCGGGAGCCCCGCCUGGCCAGCCCCCAGGUGAUCCUGGCGAACAUGGCCCGGCUCUACGGCCCCAUCUUCAGCUUCUACCUGGGGCCGUACCUGGUGGUGGUCCUCUGUGACUUCCACAGCGUGCGCGAGGCACUGGUGCAGCAAGCGGAGGUCUUCAGCGACCGGCCCCGGGUGCCACUCAUCUCCAUCUUCACCAAGGAGAAGGGCAUUGUGUUUGCACAUUAUGGUCCAAUCUGGCGACAACAGAGAAAAUUCUCCCACUCAACCCUUCGUCAUUUUGGUCUGGGGAAGCUCAGCCUCGAGCCCAAGAUUAUCAAGGAGUUUAAAUAUGUGAAGGAGGAAAUGCAGAAACAUGGAGGAAAUCCCUUCAGUCCUUUCCCCAUUAUUAGCAAUGCCAUCUCCAACAUCAUCUGUUCCAUGUGCUUCGGGCAACGCUUUGAAUAUAGCAACAGUGACUUCAAAAAGAUGCUUAACCUCAUGUCCAGAGGGCUCGAGAUCAGCAUAAACAACCAGAUUCUUUUAAUCAACAUAUGCUCUUGGCUUUAUUACCUUCCUUUUGGGCUCUUCAAGGAAUUAAGACAGAUUGAAAAAGAUUUAACUGUUUUCCUGAAAGGAAUCAUCAGAGAACAUCGGGAGGCCUUGGAUAUGGAAAAUCCCCAGGACUUCAUAGAUAUGUACCUUCUCCAUAUGGAAGAGGAGAUGAAGAAUAACAGCAACAGUAGCUUUAAUGAGGACUACUUAUUUUAUAUCAUUGGAGAUCUCUUCAUUGCUGGCACUGAUACUACAACCAACUCUUUACUAUGGUGCCUUCUGUAUAUGUCAUUGAACCCUGAGGUGCAAGAAAAGGUCCACAAAGAAAUUGAAAAGGUCAUUGGUCCUGACAGAGCUCCAUCCCUUACUGACAAAGUCCACAUGCCCUACACAGAAGCCACCAUCAUGGAGGUGCAGAGGAUGUCUGUGGUAGUCCCUUUUGGCAUUCCUCACAUGACUUCAGAAAAAACCAUUCUCCAUGGGUACACCAUCCCUAAGGGUACUCUAAUUGUAGCCAACCUGUGGUCAGUACACAGAGACCCUGCCAUAUGGGAGAAACCUGACAACUUCUAUCCUGAGCGAUUCCUUGAUAAAGAAGGAAAACUUAUCAAAAAGGAAUACUUUAUUCCAUUUGGGAUUGGAAAGCGUGUAUGUAUGGGAGAGCAACUGGCAAAAAUGGAAUUAUUCCUGAUGUUCGUAAGCCUUAUGCAGACCUUCACCUUUGCUUUACCUAAGGACUCCCAGAAGCCCAUCAUGACUGGGAGAUUUGGCUUGACUUUAUCACCGCAUCCAUUUAAUGUGAUCGUUUCUAAAAGAUGAAGAAAAGACCCAAGAAGAGAUGGUGGAACAGAAAGUCAAUUUAAGAACAAAAUUCUUCUGAAAUGCUGGUUCCUCCUUCUAAAGUAACUUACAAGCAUUUUGAGGCUUAAAAAUUUCUGGUUCCAGGUGCAGGUUAGGGGGAAGUCGAAGAGGAAAAAGGCAAGAGUGGGAACUUGCCUCUCAAAGAGAAUACCUGAAUCCUAACAGAAAUACCCCAAGCAUGCCAUGAUGUCAUCAGUCUGGUCACUUGUAUUUGUAAAUUUACUUAAGUAGAUAAUGGCCAAGGUUCUGAACUGGGAAACAGAAAACAUGUAUUUUAAUCCUAGUGUUCAAAACUAAGAAGUCUAUUCUCUCACCUCCUUCUGCCUCGGUUUUCCCAUAUGUAAAAUGGGAAUAACAAUUUCUAAUUUGUUGUUCUUAUUGAAAUGAACUUUUAGGAAAACAUAGUGAGUUUUUUGAGAGCCAGGGUUGAAGGCAGACUGACUUGAUUAUUGGUUGCUGAUAACAGUGACAAAAUAUGGAAGCUCUAUCCAAACUUAAAUACUUUAGAACAGCAGUUCUCAAACUUUUUGGUCUCAGGACCCCUUUUACACUCUUAAAAAAUUAUUGAGGAAUCCCCAAAGAGCUUUUGUUUAUGUGGAUUUAUCUGUCAAAAUUUACCGUAUCAGAAAUUCAAACAUCUUAAUACUAUUUAUGAAAAUAGUUUUGACCUCAUAAAUUCACUGAAAGGGUCUUGCAGACCCACAAAGGACUCCAGAUCAUGCUUUAAAAUAUACUUUUGGGGCGUCUAGGUGGCGCAGUGGAUAGAGCACCGGCCCUGGAGUCAGGAGUAUCUGAGUUCAAAUCCGGCCUCAGACACUUAACACUUACUAGCUGUGUGA